CUUAACUGGUUCGGGCGCGGCAGACCGCUGCAGAUUGCCAUCAUGGUGACUUGCCAGCUUGCAUUCAUUCUAUUUGGCUACGAUCAAGGUGUCUUCUCUGGAAUUGUUAGAAACCCAGAUUGGCUGAAAACCUUCGGCCAUCCCGGAAGUGGACUUGAGGGUAUUAUUGUGUCAAUCUACAAUCUUGGAGCCUUCAGUGGCUGCAUAUUGGCUUUCCUGGGAGGCGAGAAGGCUGGCAGACGCAUGUCUAUGUGGAUCGCUAUGGUCUUUAUCAUCGUGGGUGCAAUCCUCCAAACGACUUCCUAUGGCGUCCCCCAAAUCCUGGUCGCCCGUUACAUUACUGGAAUUGGCACUGGUAUCGAAACCAGCACUGUCCCCAUGUACCAAAGUGAACUGGUAGAGGCACACAAGCGUGGUCGCGUCGUCAGCUCCGAACCACUUUUCGUUGGCGUUGGAAUUGUUAUUGCAUACUUUUUCGAUUAUGGCAUCGCAUAUGCAGGUGGACCGAUUGCAUGGCGUCUUCCAAUUGCUUGUCAAAUCAUCUUUGCUAUUGUUGUCAUCGUUAUGGUAUUCGGCGUUCCAGAAUCACCCAGAUACCUCUACAAGGAAGGCCGUAACGAAGAGGCUUUGCAAGUCUUGUGCGACGUCUACGAUGGUACACCUGAAGAUGAGAAAAUUGCUCGUGAACAAAAGGACAUUUUGGAUGCACUAGCGAUGGAACGCGCACACGGCGAAUACAAAUGGAGCCAGAUCUUCAAGCAAGAUGAAGUUCAGACUGGAAGACGUGUCCUCCUUGCGUACGGCAUGCAGUUCAUGAACCAAAUUGGUGGCAUCAACUUGGUCGUAUACUAUGUCCCGACAGCUCUCGAAACAAACGUUGGACUUACUCGCAACUUGUCACUUCUCAUCGGUGGAUUUGUGCAAUGCUGCUUCUUCAUUGGAUCGCUGGUCCCAACAUUCUUCCUCGACAAGAUGGGCCGAAGACGACCAAUGAUGUGGGGUUCUCUCGGUCUUGCCAUUUCCAUGAUGCUCAUCGCCAUCUUGCUGAGCUUUACUCGGGAACGUGGUUACUCUGAUAGCGUGAAGACGGCCACUUCUAGUGCAGCCGUGACUUUCUUCUUUACCUACAUGCUUUGCUUUGGUGCUUCGGCAAAUUGCAUUCCUUGGGUUUACGUGCCUGAGAUUCUACCUCUACACGCAAGAGCCAAAGGAACGGCCAUUGGAGUAUCCUCAAACUGGCUCUGGAACUUCGUCGUGGUUAUGAUUACACCAACCCUCCUCAACAACCUCCGAUGGCAAGCCUACCUCAUUUUCAUGUGCACCAACCUCGCAUUUAUCCCUCUGGUCUACUUCUGCUAUCCCGAAACCUCAAAUUUGACCCUGGAAGAAGUGGAUUUCCUAUUCAUCAAG